AUGCCCUCCGCGUCUUCCGCGGGGCCCUCGGCCAUGGCUGCCCCCAAUGCCACAGCGGCGGCGGCAGCGUGGACUAACGUCAGCAUGCCGGAGACGCCCCUGUUCCACCUGUUCGCUCUGCUGGACGAGGAGCUGCACGCCGCCUUCCCAGGCCUGUGGCUGGCGCUGAUGGCGGUGCACGGCGUCAUCUUCCUGGUGGGGCUGGUGCUCAACGGGCUGGCGCUGUACGUCUUCGGCUGCCGCACCCAGGCCAAGACGCCGUCGAUCAUCUACACCAUCAACCUGGUGGUGACCGACCUGCUGGUGGGCCUGUCCCUGCCCGCGCGCUUUGCUGUCUUCUACGGCACCCGCGGCUGCCUGCGCUGCGCCCUCCCGCACGUCUUUGGCUACUUCCUCAACAUGCACUGCUCCAUCCUCUUCCUCACCUGCAUCUGCGUGGACCGCUACCUGGCCAUCGUGCAGCCCGAUGGUUGCCGCCGCUGGCGCCAGCCUGCCUGCGCCAGGGCCGUGUGCGCCUUUGUGUGGCUGGCCGCCGGCGCCGUGACCCUGUCCGUGCUGGGCGUGACGGCCACCGGCGGUCCCUGCUGCCGCGUCUUUGCGCUGACCGUCCUGGAGUUCCUGCUGCCGCUGCUGGUCAUCAGCGUGUUCACCGGCCGCAUCGUGUGCGCGCUGUCGCGGCCGGGCCUGCCGCGCCAGGGCCGCCAGCGCCGCGUGCGGGCCGUGCAGCUGCUGCUCACCGUGCUCGUCAUCUUCCUCGUCUGCUUCACGCCCUUCCACGCCCGCCAGGUGGCUGUGGCGCUGUGGCCCGACGUGCCCCGCCACACGAGCCUCGUGGUCUAUCAUGUGGCCGUGACCCUCAGCAGCCUCAACAGCUGCAUGGACCCCAUCGUCUACUGCUUCGUCACCAGCAGCUUCCAGACCACUGUCCGUGGCCUCUUCCGCCGGCACGGAGCGGAGCGCGAGCCCAACAGCUGCGACGUGGUCAGCAUGCGCAAGAGCUCCAAGGACCCAGCUCACCAUCACAUCCUCGGCGCCAGACCUCGAGCCCUCACGCAGGCCCUGGCUAAUGGGCCUGAGGCUUAG